UGGGAAAAGGGAUUGGAUGCCGGAUCUGGAAAAACAGAGUCACAGGCAAGUCUGUUGAGCCGCAGAAACACAAUACAUACACAGCACAGCACCAUGGGAGAUCAAAAGAUGAGACGUGAGCUUAUUAAUGGGUUGAAUGAGCACUUGUCUGGAAUAAAAGAGUUGAUCUGGAAAUCCCUAGAGGCCAGGAAAUUUGCCUACUGCCCCUACAGCAAGUUCAGAGUCGGGGCGGCACUCCUGACACACGACGGGACGGUUUUCACAGGCUGUAAUGUGGAAAACGCCUGCUUCUGCUUGGGCAUCUGUGCUGAGAGAACUGCCAUCUCAAAAGCCGUCUCAGAGGGCUACAGGGAUUUCAAAGCCAUUGCUAUUGCAAGUGAUAUGUGUGAGCACUUCGUUUCCCCCUGUGGUGGCUGCAGACAAUUCAUGAGAGAGUUCGGUGCAAACUGGGACGUGUAUUUGUCCAAACCUGACGGUUCCUAUGUAGAGAUGACUGUUGAGGAGCUGCUGCCUGCCUCUUUCGGUCCAGAGGAUUUAAAAAUGAAGAAAGUGAAUAUUCGGAACGAGUUUUAAAUCGCCACUAUAGACAAUGAACUCUUUGUACCCGAUAGUUUUGCUGUGUUGACAGAAAAACCGUUUAUGUGGAUUAACGGUGUUUAAUAAUGUGUGUUACUGUUAGGGAAUGUUGUAUGAAAAUUUGUAAAUUGUUAAAAAACAUAUUUUGAAUAAAUACAGUCAAUACAAUUAUAUAAGUGAACACAUGUUGCUACAGUACAAACUUUAUUAUUAUUUUUUUAAACAAUGCACAUGAUCUAUAAAUCAACCACAAAAAGUGCAACAUAAAAAUAAUGUCAUUUUCUGAAAAGAAAAUGGCAACUGAUGAUCUAGAGACAUAGUGAUAAUUCAGAUGCAGUAAGAACCUCUAUUUUAAUAUUGAGUUAAUGAAUGAACGAAUCCUAAGCAAGUCAUCAAAGUGCAAAACAUGAAACAAAUGACAUUAAAGAAAUUAUGGGUUUGAAGGAAAGGCAGCACAUACACAAAUGGCAGUAACAUUUAAUAUCUUCUCAAGUUGUCAAAACGUGAUUUUUUCAUGCAGCACGGUUUAAUAAAUUUGUAGUUGGAAGAUUUUGCAUAAGGAGAGUAGAUUGACUAAACCUUUUCCACACACACACACACACACACACA